AUGGGAUCAAUCCUGAAUCCUGACCCGCCGUGCACGCCGUUCGUGGCUUUGCGAAGGUUCCGUGCCCGGCGCAUCCUGGUCCCUCCGGGGGCCGGCGGCCGUGUUUUUGCCGCCAUGUUCAGCCUGGGAAGCCUCAGGAACCCAGUCAAGCCUCCUCUUUGCUUCGCGGACCUCUCCCAAAUCGACCCCUUCUCCGACGACGAGUCUGCAGCCCCACUGCCACUGCCGCUUGCACUGCCCCUGCUGACGCCGCGGAAAGAGUCUAGCGACUCCGUGGCCACGGCCAGCAGCGGGGUCUCCACCACCUCUUCGGUGAGCAAGCACCUUCAGCGGCGCUUGGCACGAGAGCGCGAGCUGCAGCACUUCCUGAGGAAGCAUCAGUUCACUGAGGUGAACAAACCCCGAGCCACCAGCUUCACCAUGUUCCGGGAGCGUUUCUGGCCCAUCCACGUGGCGGCCGCCUGGGGCCAAGCCCGGGACGUACGUUUGCUGCUCAGCGCUGGGGCCGCGGCAGAUCAGAAGACCAGCUUCGGGCGCAGGCCCGUGGACAUAGCAUUGGAGGCCAACCAGCAGGGCUCUCACGCGCCCUGGCCGGCAGCCAUGGUUUAA